AUGAUGAUGAUGCCCAUGACGGCUUCGAGGGUGGGCACAUGUAGACUGCUUCUGCUGCUGCUCAUUGCGGCAUCUGUCAUCGCCGUGCCGUCGCACGCGCGUCUCGAGGAUUUGGACACAGAUGCCCGGGACGACGUGAUGGAGCUGAGCAGCGAGGGCUUUGAUGUCACCGUAUUUCCAAGUGGGGAGAAGCAGCGGAAGCAGCCGUGGUUUAUUUUAUUUUAUGCCCCGUGGUGUGCACACUGCAAGACGCUCCUGCCGCAGUUUGCCAACUCCAGCCGUCUGCUAAGCGAAAGCGGGACGCCACACGCACAGUUUGCCGUGGUGAACGCGGUCAAGCACCGUGAGCUUGCCGCCCGCUUUGACGUCCAUGAGUAUCCCACGUUUAUUUACACGACAGGCAAGCAGGACCGCUGGCACCGGUUCCACGGCGGCCACAGCAUGGACAGCUUCGUGCAGUUUGGCAUCUACCUGCAACGCUCCGUAGAGGCAGGCUCGUUCGCCGACGUCGUGUCAAACCCGCUGCACUUUCACCAGGUGGAGGCGCAGAUGGCGGAUGGGCGGGUGCCGAUGUUUGUGUACGUGCCGGCGAAGGGCACAUCAGUCUCAGGACCGCGACGGGCGGAGGCACGAGACGCGCAGUGGAACAUUGCUGUUGAUGCGGUCGCCUCAUUGGGCAACAUCCGCUUUGGCGUCAUCUACGGCGAUGACGUACCAGCGGACUGGGAGACGCGCGGGAGCAGGACAUACGCUGCCGUCAUUGAGGCGGGGCGGAGCUGUAAAGGCACCGGCCCUGACGGGGAGGUGUUCAUCGUUUGCACGGACGCGUACCGGCGGCCGCGGUGCUACGAGGGGGGGUCCUGGUUUGUGGACCCCGACAAGGGCGAGGGAGCCGCAAAGGCAGUGGGCGCGUACACGAUACAUCCGUCUUUUGAGGCAUUCGUCACACAACACGGCUUUCGCGCCGUGGAGGAGAUGACGCAGGGGCUUUUCUCGGUGAUCUCAGGCCUGAACCACCACUAUGUGGGCCUCAUCGUCACUGACGGCCCGCUUGCGCAGACCGACACCACCAUGAUGCCCGUCUUGCGGGCAGUUGUGCAGGACCGCAACGAGGCCCGCGCCCUUGCGGCGGGGGGUGAAGAGCCACGCCACCGGAUCUCCUUGGCGCACGCCGACGGACGCUCCCGUUCCGUCUGGCGCAUGCGCUACCACAUUGAGCCGGAAGAGCUGCCGGCGGUGGUCGUGGUGGACCCGCGGCGGGACAAGGUGUACCGUCUGCGUCGCCACACCCCCCACUUUGAGGGCAUCAAGACGCAGCUGCCGUGGCGACUGGACGGCGAACAGCAGAAGAUCAUCGCCACCUUUCUGGACGACGUUGAGAAGGGCAAGGCGGUGGGGGAGAAGAUGACUUUGAUCGGUGACGUGGCGGAGUACCUGCUGCGCUUGCCCGGGAUGGAGUUUGUGCACGAGAUGCUGGGUUACGAGGACGCGCUCUUAAUCACCAUUGUGUUCGCCCUUUCGUUUUUUGGCUUCCUGCUGUUCCUGGCGUUCGUGGUGGAGCCGAUCAUGGAGAAACGCACAGCCGCCCAUGCCAAGACGGAUUGA